AUGCCCAUCUCCACUAUGGCAGUUGGAGAGGAUGAAGAGGGUCCUGCCUUCUUCCAGGCCUUCGUGCAAGAGGGCAGCCCGCAGUUGGGGAUGUGCAAGAUCAUCGUGUCGCUGUUGGGCAAGAGAGAAGCAUCCUGCCUGCACAACCACACCUCAGAGCUUAGUAUUUUACCUUUGAGUAACUGUCCCCAGCUGCAGUGCUGCAGGCACAUUGUUCCAGGGCCUCUGUGGUGCUCCGAUGCCCCUCACCCACUGUCGAAGAUCCCCGGUGGGCGAGGGGGUAGCAGGGAUCCUUCUCUUUCAGCUCUGAUAUAUAAGGACGAGAAGAUCACUGUUAACCAAGAUGUCCCAGUGCACGAAGGGAAGCCUCAGAUUGUCCACUUCCAGUACAAGGUCACAGAGGUGAAGACCUCCUCCUGGGAUGCAGUGCUCUCUAAUCAGAGCCUCUUUGUGGAAAUCCCUGACGGAUUAUUAGCUGAUGGAAGCAAAGAAGGGUUAUCAGCACUGUUGGAGUUUGCUGAAGAAAAAAUGAAAGUAAACUACGUCUUUAUUUGCUUCCGAAAAAGCAGAGAAGACAGAGCUCCACUCCUGAAGACAUUCAGCUUCUUGGGCUUUGAAAUCGUGAGGCCUGGUCACCCCUCUGUCCCGUCGCGGCCAGAUGUGAUGUUCAUGGUGUACCCCCUGGAUCAGAACUCUUCCUCUGAUGAAGAAUAGCUGCAGCGGGGGACUCCAGCAUUUUCAGGUCACGCUGUUGAGGGGAGAGAGGGUUACAUCUCCUUUCUUGAGGAAAGGGAAACCAAGCUUCUGUUGGACUGAAACUGCAUUUCUCAUUGUUAGAUUGGCCUGUGUAUCCUCAGAGUUGACUAUCUCAUUGAAAUGUGUUGCCUAGAGAACUAUAUAUACACACAUGUAAUCACCAAAUAGUAAAUGGAAGAUGUUUAUGAACUGGCAUAGGAGCUCUUUACGUGCAGCUGUGUGGUGUGUUAGCCUAGGGGCACCUGGUGCCCAGGCCGUGCGUGGGGGAGCACAGCGGUAGAUGCAGUAUCAACUCCUUGACUUCUCUAAACCCGUGUUGGUCCUUUCCCGAGCACCCGAUGUGCGCUCAUCUGACAGACUACCUUUUUAUUUUUCACUCAGACUCUUAAGUAGAAGGCAUGUUUUGGGUGUUAGGCACAUGGAGGAGACGUGCUCGAGUUUAACCUUUAACACUACAUUAAAACCCCCGUGCGUCUCUGCUUUGGGGCGACCGAUGCUGUUUUAACUGGUCUAACCUUUUUUUUUUUUUUUUAAAAAAAACUUCUUGCUCUUCCAGCUUUUGUUUUAAGCAGUCUUAACUCUGUUCGAUGUUACCACUGCGCUAUCACAGCGUUCAAUAAAAGGGGCAUUCAGAUGAACCUCACACAGCUGGGGCUGCUUAUUUGAAAGGAACAGAGCCUCUGGUGGGCCUCCCGUAGCGCUGCGAUGGUUUCAGAGGGUCAAGCGAGUGUUCGGAGCAAUACCUCCGCUCUGGGGGAGCGUUUCCUCACCUGCCUGCGGUGUGAUGGUUGUGAUGGUCCAAGGAGCCUAAACAGCUCGCGCCUUUAUCCUCCGCCCAAGGACGGGUAAGGAGCAGGCCCGUGGCCGUCACCUCUGUUCUUCCUCCUCGCCUUUCCAAAGAGAUGAUCUCAAGACUUGAGACACCGAGCUAACGGCUGUAUCCAAACCAAAGGGGGUUGCGUGUGGGGGCAGGCGUGGAUGGCGGCUCUGCCGGUCGCGGUGGGAUGCUCUCCCCAUCCGGGGGCUUUCCCGGGAUGGAGGGAUGGGACCGCAGCGCCGGCGGUAGCUCGCGUUUCAUCCCUACCCCUUCUGAUGUUGGAGAAUGAGGUUGUGCUCUUGUCUUCGUGCCAUGUGGAUGUAACCUGGCUGGCUUGCUUUGAAGGCCACACGAGAAGGGUGUAUUUAUAAACUGUGCCCUGGAGGCGUGCCGUGAGCUCUCUUCCUGGCCUGGCUGCUUGCGUGUGGACUUGUCCUUGUGUGCUUUGUUGUGCUCUCACCCUUCUGUGGAGGAUUUUGUUAAAAGCUGAAGCCGAGCCAUUCCAUAAACGUCAUGGUCAGUGUUUUCUGUUUGGGGGAGAGAGGUGGGGCUGGGAUACAAGUUUGUGUGAAUAAAUCAUCUUAAAGUUUG